AUGGGGGAUUCAAAGUUCGUUAUCGUGACCACUCUUUGUUACGUGGGGAUUUUCGGUGUGGUUUUUAUUGUGUGUUGUUGCGCUUGGACGCGCCACUUGAGGAAAUCCAGUAGAGGGCUUUCGUCGCAGCAGAGAAACACCCAAACAAAUCGACGCUAUUUAUACAGACCCACUCCGCAACCUCCAGAAUACAACGCACCUUCAACACCGAUGCCAUAUGGUCCAUCAUGGCCAAGAAGAGGCGAAAUUCAAAAUGUGAACGCGAACUUCUUUCCUGCCGCAUCACAAAGGGCUGUAGCCGGACCGAUGUUUCCAGGCUAUCCAUCAGCGAAUUUAUAUUCUUUUGGCGUAACUUCGGCAACACAUGUUGUAGAAAUCGCGACUUUCGGCCGAGACAAUAGACACGGAGAACAGUUUGCUGGCAAUGAUCUUAGCCAUGCUUCAAACUUUGAUCAAGGCGAUAGCACUUUUGUAGAUACGGAAGACCGAACAAGGGUGCUGACAAGGUCACAAUCUUCUUUAGAGAGCGAGAAAGAAGUCGAAAGCGAUAGCGAUGGCUCAAGCAGUCAACCAAGCCAUCUUCAAGACGUCACACCUCGAGAAGAGGGAUGCGUGUAA